AUGCAUUUACUCUACCACACAGGUAUUAAGCUAAGGAGCAGAGGUGACGACAUUUUCCUUGCUAAGGACCAAGUGAAAGUUGACGAGAAACAUUUCGCAGUUGGUGCGACUUGUAGAACGCACAAGGGCUCUUUAGUUUCCUUUGAAAAAUACAACGGCAUUCCGGUUGCCCUUAAAGAGUCAGCUGUCGCCGUCUCGAGAGGUACCAAACGUUCUGCACAAAAGGAAGCAGAACUCUUUAAACAGCUUGAUCACCAAAAUGUCAUAAAAUUCUAUGGCAUAGAGAAAUCCAGGAACAUGCUUGCAUAUAAAUUGAUGGAAAAAAGGGUAACCAUCGAUGGAGAAGUGAUACCUGUAUACGACGUAAGGAUGUUGCUCGAUGAGAUGGAGGACAACAUUCCUCUCUAUAUUACCCGUAGCGGAGCUGAAGGAUUAUCAUGCUUACAUUACAAAAAUAUCAUCCACAGAGAUGUAAAAGCAGCCACCUCCUUUAUCUCUGGGGGACCAGAUAACUCGGAAUGGAUUAUAAAGAUCGGCGAUUCUGGGGAAGCAAACAACAUUAAGCUUGAUACUAUCGCCACCGGGAUUUGGAGCAUGUUGAUGAGGUCUCAUAAAGCAAUCCAGUCACCCCAUUCACCGUCCAUGGCCAUUCUUCUCAGAUAA